ACGAGGUUUCAAUAGAAGUUAUACUAAUUGGACCAUAUCCAUUAGGAAAGCGGGGGGUAGAUGAUAUCGAGGGUAAUAAUUUCGAUGAUUAUCCAUUGGACUUGCUUAACGAAGCACAGGAGGAAUUUCUUAAUGAUCCUGAGAAAUUCGAUAAUUUUCUUAGUGAUGCUGAUAAACCUCUGUUCGAUGGUUGUAAAAAAUUAAGAUUACCAACAAUGGUAAAGUUUUACAACAUAAAAGCAGAAAAUGGAGUGAGUGAUAAAUGUUUUACUCAAUUUUUAGCUGCUUUUAAAGAUAUCUUACCAUUUGCCAACUGCUUCCCGGAAUCUACUUAUGAAGUGAAAAAAACGUUAAAUUCUAUAGGAUUAAAGUAUGAAAAAAUUCAUGCAUGUCCGAACGAUUGCAUUUUAUAUCGUAAGGAAUAUGCAGACAUGAAUUAUUGCCCGACUUGCGGUUUAUCCCGCCAUAAAGUAAACAAGAGUAAGGAGAAUAGGAAACUUAUCCCCCAAAAAGUGAUGUGGUACAUGCCUUUGAUUCCGCGACUGAAACGAUUAUAUCGUAGUGCAGAACAUUCUGAAAAUUUGAUUAGGCAUGAGACCAAGAGAGUGAAAGAUGGAAAACUUAGACAUCCUGCAGAUUCCCAAGCUUGGAAAAAAGUAAACUACAUAAAUCCUGAAUUCAAAUCUGAACCAAGACACAUUCGUCUCGGUCUGUCUGCGGAUGGAGUAAAUCCACAUAGAUCUCUAAGUAGUCGUCAUAGUUCAUGGCCUGUCUUCCUAGUUAUGUACAAUCUUCCUCCCUCGUUAGUGAUGAAGAGAAAAUUUAACAUGCUUUCUUUAAUGAUAUCAGGCCCGCAACAACCUGGACAUAAUAUCGAUGUAUAUUUGGAACCAUUGAUUGACGAUUUAAUAGAAUUGUAUGAGAACGGGGUUCAGGUCUAUGAUGGUUUUAAAAAAGAAUUUUUUAAUCUGAAAGCUGUGUUGUUGUGGAUUGUCAGUGAUUUCCCUGCUUAUAGUAAUUUAUCAGGCUUAAGCACAAAAGGUUACGAAGGUUGUCCGAUUUGUUGCACUAACACAUCGGCUCGUCGCUUGGCAAAUGGACACAAGAUGUGUUAUAUGGGUCACAGACGGUACUUGCCUGCAAAUCAUCCUGAUAGACGGAAGAAGAAAGCAUUCGAUGGUACUGAAGAGGGUGAUAUGGCUCCUUUGCCACUGUCUGGGGAACAAAUUCUCCAACAAGUUCAACUUGUAGAUUUUAAGUAUGGAAAGACGCAAAAAAAUAAAAAAACUAAUGGUUGUUUGGUGCAAAUUUGUUGAAAGUCGAAUAACUCCUGAAUUUCUGGUACGCUAAUUAUAUUAACACUAAGAUAAACUCUUAAAUACAAGUACAUGUAUCUAAUGUAUUUUUUUGGCAUUGUAGGAAUUGAGUAAGGUGCAACGUGAACGUUCCUCAAAAAUUCAAUCCAGACAUCGAAGUGGUCGGAGUGGAAUGGUGAACGUACGGGAAGCUGUGGUAAGUAAUACUUAAAAUUUAAUGUGCUAUAAUGUGCUAUACAAUUUAAUUGGUACUCAUUUCAUUGUUAUAACGUUAUGUAGAAAAAGGACGUCAAAGUUGCAGAUCCCCCCCGCCACCGUGUUUGGAUUAAAUCUCGCACCAAGAGUAGAAAACUUGUCACUGAUUACGACAAGGAAAUUGCAGAGAAGAUAGCUCAAUUAGAGGAGAAGCUUAGUCAGGGACAAAUUCAGGUCCAGGGCCAAAACGAUAUCCUCACGCAGGCGCUCGGGACACCAGAGCAUCCUGGACGUGUCAGGGCUGCUGGGUAUGCUAUUACUUCAAAUGUUAUUUAUUUAGUUACACAAAUGAAAUCGUUGCUAAUUUGCAUUUUAUGAUUUGUAGGUUCCUGACCAGGGCAUCUCAACUGUUCGGUAGGAAGAAAAGGGAAGUGUCUGAUGUUGUGGCUCGGCAAGCGAAGGAGAUUGAAAAAUUAAAAGCCGAAGUCCAAUCCCUUAAGCAGCAGAGGAACGCUGCCGAACAAGAGGAAGAAGGAAAGGUGGCUGGUGAGGCGUAUGUUCCACAAUCAUACGCUCCUCAGGAUGAGGUACAACCACAAAUUUAUGCUGAGGAGUUUAUUUCCCUCAACGACCAAGGUAUCCUAUACAAUUUUGAUGACCAUGCGGCCCUUAAUCAGCAAGUACAUCUCUGCUCUGACAACAUCGACAAUAUUGUGGCCGGAGGGUAUUUGUA